CGCCCCGCGCUACUACAGCAUGCUGUUGAGUUUACAAGGUGAGUGAGUGGGGGAUGGGCAGCGCAUCCCAUCAGUUUAUUGAUGAGAUGGUCGUCGUCGUAGCGCUGUCAUUUUUGUAAACAUAAAACUUUUAUCAUGAAAAGGCUGUCCAAGCCUUCGGGUGCUGCUUUCAGAAAGCGAAGAAGAGAAGAGGAGGAGAAACGGGCUCAAAGUCGAGAUGCUCUGAGAAAAUAUCUACAGCCACGACAGGGGCCAACUGUAGAAGCUGCUGCAGAAGAGGCAGCAAGCUCGGUCUCACAGUUACCUUCUCCUGUGGCUGUUAGUGACAGUGACAGUGAACAUUCAUCUCAAGCAUUAAGCAGAAGCACAGCAGUGAUUGAGACACAACUUCAAAAUGUUGAUGCUGGAGCAGUCAGUGAAGCACCAAGCAGCAGCACUGUAAUUCUUCAGACACCACCUCAAACGGUUGAACCAGAAGGACCCAGCACCAGCAGUCUCAAUACAAUCCGCCAGCCUACAGGCGCUCCAUCAACAUCAACAGAUGUAUGUGAGCCCAUCUCAGCAGCCCCCAUUGAUCCCGCUGAUUGGCCACCCAACUUGUCUGAUUCAGAGAGGACUGAAUUGGUUAGUCGAGGACCACCUGUAAUAAGGUCAGACUUCUCGUUCCCCAAAAAACAGGAUGGAAGAAGUUGCCAUCACCGCCAUUUCUUCAGACUGUUGACCAAUGGGGAAAAAAUCAAAAGGUCAUGGCUCAUGUAUUCAAAAAAGAAAGAUAGUUUGUACUGUUUCUGCUGCAAGCUCUUCUCACAGAAGACUUUUAAACUUAGCAAGGAUGGCACUGAUGACUGGAAAAACUGUGGUGACAUACUUAAAACACAUGAAAACAGUAAAGAACACACAAAUAACAUGGGAAGCUGGAGAGAACUUGAAAGUCGUUCAAAAAAGGGUCAAACAAUUGACAAUAUUGAGAUGGCCAUAAUACAUGCUGAAAGGAGGAGAUGGCGGGAAGUUCUCACCAGACUUGUGGCAAUUAUUAAGUCACUGGCAGAGAGAAAUAUUGCACUCAGGGGUUCCACAGACCAACUUAAUCAGCCAAACAAUGGAAAUUUCCUUAAGGAAGUGGAGUUAAUGGCUCAGUUUGAUCCUGUGCUGAAAGAGCACAUUAUUAAGAUUGAAGGAGGAGCCAGUCACACAACCUACCUGGGGAAGACCAUUCAAAAUGAACUGAUUGACUGCCUUAGUGAAAGGAUUUUGCAUGCCAUUGUAAAGGAAAUCAAUGAGUCCAAAUAUUACGCAAUCAUUUUAGACUGCACACCUGAUGUGAGCCAUGUGGAGCAAUUAUCAGUUAUAAUUCGCAUUGUCUCUGUUGAAGGCACUCCACAGAUUAAAGAACAUUUUCUGGGGUUUCUAGAGGCAGAGGAAACAACAGGAGAAGGCCUCUCAGCCCUCAUUCUUAAGAAAUUACUACAACUUAAUAUGACAUGUGUGUUCCUGUGUCACCUGGGUGCCCCAUGA